AUGUCAAUUGUGAGGAUAACAAGCCAUAAUGAGAAUAUUUAUAACAUUGAAUUGCCAGACGAGAAGAAGAUCUCAGCGAAGAAAGCAAUUAUUUUUCCUCUCCAUGAUGUCAGGUAUCAAUCUAAAUUCAAGAAAUCAAUUUGCGAAGCUGAGAAGGAAUUGAAAAGUAAUAAAUUUAUGCAGCACAAGACAUUUGGUCUCCCCGAAGAAGCAUCAAAUGUGACAGCAGAUAAAUUUCUUAUGAAAGACGAUGGAAUUGCUCGACAUUACAUUCGUCCCAAGACAAGUCAUCCAAAAUGUGAAUCACGUCGACCACCUGUACCGAAACAUGAUGAGCUAAACGUAACUGCAUCUAUGAUGAAUUUAUCUGAGAAGAACUUUAAGGUAAUCAACAUUAAACGUGCAAAAUCAGCAGUCAUUAGGAAUCCACCAGGUCCAAAAUGCUUCGAGCAAAAGUCACCAGUUUACAUCUACAUGCCAAAAUUUGGAACGACACCAAAAUAUUUAGAAAAAAGGAAGGAACAAAUGACAGAAAUGAAAGAAAUGACACAACGGCAAAAGGAACGAGCAGAACGAGAAGAAUUGAUGAGGAAAAUUCGAGAAGUUACCCAACCAGAGAGGAAAAAAUUGUUGGAAGGACUCAAGCAUAAUUGGCAUAAAAUGCAAGAAGAGUAUCAGAAGAUGCCAUUACUUAUUGAUUCCGUACCGAAAAUGAUACGAAAAACGAAAUUGGAAAAUAAUUUGAAGAGUCUCGAGAAUGACAUUUGCUUGCUUAAUACGAAUUCAAGUCGCAUAUUUGUUGUUCCAAAUUAA